AUGUACACCCUGCUGGACAACUGCCUGGAAGGGCUGGACAUCCUGCAGUUCCUGGAUAACAUAGAGGAAGGACUCAAGGACCACUAUGACAUCAGCAUGCUGAUGUUCCUGAUGCUGGCCAGACUGGUGUCUCUGUGUCCUGCUGCCAUUCUGCAGAGACUGGUGAAGGCCGGUUCUGUGAAGCAGGAGUUUGAGAAGCAGGAACAGUUGAGACGCUCGGCCAUGCGUGCUAUCGCCCCCCUGCUGGCUGUGCCCGAGGUGGAGCGGAGGCCCAGCAUGGCCGACUUCACCAACCAGAUCAGAACCAAUGCUGACAUAGCAUCCAUCUACCAGAGUGAGUGCUUCCAUGUAGUUAUUUUAGGUGUAAGUGACUUGCCUGAAGCUGUGGAACUCAAGUUUGAUCAUGUCUUCUUCCUAGGAAACAGAGAGGAAGGAAACAGAAUUGCUUAGGCUGCAGUGUACACUUUCACACCUGUCACUCUGAUUUUGGGAAGCAAAAACCCAUGCUAUGUAGAUCAACUUUGUGACAUUGCCACUGCUGCACGGUGCAUUGCUUGGGCUCGUUUCCACAAUGCAGGACAAAGCUUGGUAGCUCCAGACUACAUCUUGUGCCACACAGAUGUCAAGGUACAGUUGGUGCAGGCCCUAAGAUGCUGUCUGAUGCAAUUCUAUGGUUCUGAUCCCCGGGAGUCCCACAGCUUUGGCCGCAUGGUCAAUUUGGAGAUCUUUAACCACACAAGAGACAUUUUGUGGAGAUCUGGCAAAGUGGCUGUGGGUGGACAAGUGAUAGAGGCAGAGAAAUAUAUUGCUCCAACAAUUUUGAUGGAAGUGGUGGAAUCAGAUCUCAUCAUGCAACAGGACAUUUUUGGCCCAGUUCUUCCUCUUCUGACUGUAAACAAUAUGGAUGAGGCAAUUUCCUUCAUUAAUAAGCAAGACAAACCUCUCUGUGUGUAUGCAUAUUCCAGCAACAGCAAGGUCAUCUCAAGACUAAUGAGUGAGACCUCUAGUGGAAGCUUUUGCUCCAAUGACAGCAUCCUGCAGAGUCUGAUGGUGGCUCUGCCUUUUGGUGGUGUGGGUGCCAGUGGAAUGGGUUCCUACCAUGGCCACUACAGCUUUGAUACCUUCUCUCACAGGAAAUCAUGCCUGCUAAGAGUCAUGCGGUUUGAGUGUGUCACCUAUUUGCGCUAUCCACCCUAUGAGGACCGUAAUUUGUCUCUGAUGACCUGGGCCAGUACCCUGUCCCAGAAGAACCGGAGCUGGUGCCAGAUCCUGUGA